AUGUCCGACAGCACACGCUAUCAGGGCUUUGGAAUCAUUCUUGGUGGUGGUACCAUCCGAGAGCGAGAUCACUUGUCAGACCCGACACUCAGACGGACGCAAGUACUCUCGGAUGCACAGAGAAGGACAAUUUACGCGCUCUCGACUCCGCCCGGGAAGGGCGGUGUAGCCGUCGUGCGCAUCUCCGGACCCGACGCAAUACGUGUGCACAGGGCUGUUACGCGCAGCGUUCGCGCCUCCGCUCGUUCCACGAUGGGAGAGGAGGAGAUGCCGACUCCAUGGCUAGCAGAAUACCGGGAAAUCGUGGAUCCAGAGACCGGAGGGAAGUUGGAUGACGGGAUCGUUCUAUUUUUUGAGGGGCCGAAGUCAUUCACGACUGAAGACACCCUCGAGCUCCAAGUGCAUUCAGGGCGAGCAGUGCUCACAGCUAUCCUCACAGCGCUUUCGAAGCUCCGUUUUUGCCGGCCUGCAGAACCGGGCGAAUUCACUCGGCGCGCAUUUGAAGGCGGUAGAAUGGACUUGACACAAGUGGAGGGUCUGAGAGAUUUAAUCGAAGCUGAGACCGAGGCGCAAAGGAGGAUUGCUGUUGGUGGGGUAGGGGGUAUACAGAAGGCGAAGUUUGAGUCGCUGAGAGCCAAAAUACUCGACUGUCUGAUGUAUGUCGAAGGAUUUAUCGAUUUCGGCGAGGACGUCGAUGAGCUAGGCCAAGAGGACAUGCUUGAGAACGCGCACACUCGUGCUCAAGAGAUUAUCGAUACCAUUAAUUUACAUCUAAGGGACAACAGGAAAGGUGAGAUAUUGAGGUCGGGGAUUAAACUCGCUAUCUUUGGUCCCCCAAAUGCGGGAAAGAGCAGUUUGUUUAAUUUCCUAGCGGAGAGGGACGUUGCUAUCACGUCCCCCAUCCCUGGAACGACUCGGGAUGUCCUCACACUCACGCUCGAUAUUGGAGGGUUGCCGGUUGUGCUGAAUGAUACUGCGGGAAUUCGAAAGCUAACCGACGAUGCUGUAGAGAAGAUUGGAGUGGAGAGGGCCGGAGGCGUCGUAGAGGGUUCCGACGUAUCAAUAUGCGUUUUGUCGCUCGAGGAAGUUAUCUCUGUCGUGCCAUAUUCUAAUCAGAGUACCAGCAGAAUCACACUCACCCUCCCCACUGAUGUACUGCAUCACUUGAAGCCGCACACGACCUUCCUGUUUAACAAAGCGGACCUGACUCGAGAGGUCGCGGGUUUGUCGGGAGAAUUGUUGGAGCGUGAAGUUCGGGAUGCAUUGACGCGUGCAUUGCCAGUUUCUGCGCAGCAGAAGGAAGCAAACACCCGGCGCAUGUGGACUGUGAGUCUACACACCGGCGAAGGGACGAAGGAGUUUCUAGAUGGGCUGGCAUAUGUACUGAAAGAACGCGUUGCUCCUGCGGAGGAUGCACCACUCAUCACGCAAGCCAGGCAUAGAGAUUACCUUGAGUCAGCGGUGAAGUUUUUGGAGGAGUUUCAGGGGUUUCCUCUCUCUCAGAUCGACAUCGCUGCCGAGUCGCUGCGGUACGCGGCUCGGGCCAUUGGUUCCGUGUCCGGGGUUGAUGUGAGCACGGAAGACGUCCUUGGAGCAAUCUUUAGCUCUUUUUGCGUGGGGAAGUGA